GGCUCAGGGCGCUGUGUCCCCGAGCCUGGGCGGGAGGCGCGCUCAGAAGUCGCCGGGCCGACCCUGGCGCGGCGCGAUGGGCGGCGGCAUCUGCCAGAGCGAGAGUCGGUUAGCUUUGGGGGGACUUGGCCAGCCUUCUGGGCCAGACCUUAGCCCCGUGCAACCUCUUGACAAAGGCGUGGGAGAUGAGAAUGUCCGUUGGGGAACUGGGAUGCUCUGGUGCGCUCCUGAGAGGUCUGCUUUCCAGUAACCACACGGCCGUGCAUUGGCAUGACUUUGUAUCGCAUCUCUGUGGCUAUUUUUGUUCGCUGUUGUACCUUUCAUCCGUUUUUGCGAAGUGCUUUCCAGAGAAGGUCGUUUGGUCUUCCUCCCUGUGAAGUCGGGAGGUGGGGUGGUUUUGGAGGGAAAGGACCUCAGUGCCUUGAUGUGUCCAAUGGGGAUAAUGGUAACGACAGACACGCCUAUCUCAGCGUGCUCCUGGCUGGGGAAGGACAUCACCAGGCCUCCUCCCCAGCCUGGCAGCGACCAGUUCAGCCCAGCCUCCCUCCCUGUCCCUGGAAAUGAGCUGCAGGGGGCUACUGCAUGGGGAAAAAGUGACUUUCCCUUCCUGCAGCCAUGAGACAGGUGAGGAGAGGCAUUUCCCAGAGCUCAAGGCAGAAAGAGGAGGCAGGAGGGACCUCAGAUCACACAGCCACGGGCUCUUCAUCCACCUUUCUUUAACUGGGAUUUGUGUCACCCCUUUCUGUCACUUCUCCCACAGCUCCCCUCUUGUUCUAGUCCACACCUAUCUUAUUUUGUAGUUGUAAGCUGUUUAUAAGCACGAUCGUAUACACUUUUUAAAAAUUUCAUUCACUUAACAGCCCUGUGAAGUGCUAUCAGCCCAUUUUAUAGGUGGAGAAACAGACUCAAGAGAGCUAAGUACUUGGCCCAGCAAUAAGGAGCCAAAAUCAAACUCAGGUUUUUUGACUUGGCGGCACUUUUAAGGUCGACUCCGUCAUCCAGCCCUGCGUGGUGGGAGUAUCAGAGACGAAGGAGGAUCGUGUCGUCAGAGGGGUUGAGCUCUUUGUUUGGGUUCCGUGAAAGACAGAAUGGGCUGAACCGGAACUGACCUACAUGUCCGCCAAAGGAGUCGUCCGGCAUGCUCUGCCCACCGCACGCCGAGGUGCCCUGACCAUGAGCCUCAACUCCUCCCUCGGCCACGGGAAGGAGCUGAGUAACCUCACAGAGGAGGAGGGUGGCGAAGAGGGGGUCGUCGUCACCAGCUUCGUCGCCAUCAUCAUCAUCACCGUGUUCGUCUGCCUGGGCAACCUGGUCAUCGUGGUCACCUUGUACAAGAAGUCCUACCUCCUCACCCUCAGCAACAAGUUCGUCUUCAGCCUGACCCUGUCCAACUUCCUGCUGUCCGUGCUGGUGCUGCCUUUCGUGGCCACCAGCUCCAUCCGGAGGGAAUGGAUCUUCGGCGUGGUCUGGUGCAACUUCUCCGCCCUUCUGUACCUGCUGAUCAGCUCGGCCAGCAUGCUCACGCUGGGGGUCAUAGCUGUCGACCGCUACUAUGCUGUCCUGUACCCCAUGGUGUACCCCAUGAAGAUCACGGGGAACCGCGCCGUGAUGGCGCUUGUCUACAUAUGGCUUCACUCCCUCAUCGGCUGCCUGCCGCCUCUCUUUGGUUGGUCGUCGGUGGAGUUUGACGAGUUCAAGUGGAUGUGUGUGGCUGCGUGGCACCGGGAGCCCGGCUAUACCGCCUUCUGGCAGAUCUGGUGUGCCCUCUUCCCCUUUCUGGUCAUGCUGGUGUGCUAUGGCUUUAUCUUCCGCGUGGCCAGGGUCAAGGCGCGCAAGGUGCACUGUGGCACCGUGGUCAUCGUGGAGGAGGACCCCCAGAGGGAUGGGAGGAAGAACUCCAGCACCUCCACCUCCUCCUCCGGCAGUAGGAGGAACGCCUUUCAGGGCGUGGUCUAUUCCGCCAACCAGUGCAAAGCCCUCAUCACCAUCCUGGUGGUCGUCGGUGCCUUCAUGGUCACCUGGGGCCCCUACAUGGUUGUCAUCACCUCUGAGGCCCUCUGGGGGAAGAACUACGUCUCCCCGACCCUGGAGACCUGGGCCACGUGGCUGUCCUUUACCAGCGCCAUCUGCCACCCCCUGAUCUAUGGGCUCUGGAACAAGACGGUUCGUAAGGAGCUGCUGGGCAUGUGCUUUGGGGAUCGGUAUUACCGGGAGCCGUUCGUGCAGCGGCAGAGGACUUCCAGGCUCUUCAGCAUUUCCAACAGGAUCACAGACCUGGGCCUGUCCCCACACCUCACGGCGCUCAUGGCAGGCGGACAGCCCCUGGGGAACAGCAGCAGCACCGGGGACACCGGCUUCAGCUGCUCCCAGGACUCAGGGACAGAUGUGAUGCUGCUCGAGGACUACACGUCGGAUGACAACCCUCCCUCCCACUGUACUUGCCCCCCCAAGAGGAGGAGCUCGGUGACAUUUGAGGAUGAAGUGGAACAAAUGAAAGAUGCUGCCAGGAACCCUAUUUUGCACGUGAAAGCCGAAGUGCACGAGUCCCUGGACAGUUACGCAGCCAGCUUGGCCAGAGUCAUCGAGGCCGAAGCCAAAAUCAACCUGUUCGGGGAGGAGGCUUUGCCAGGGGUCCUGGCGGCCGCGCGGACCGUCCCGGGGGCCGGCUUCGGGGGCCGCCGAGGCAGCAGGACUCCGGCGAGUCAGAGGCUGCAGCUGCAGAGCAUCGAAGAAGGGAACGUUUUGGCUGCGGAACAGAGAUGAGAGCCCGGGGUGGACCGUCUGUCCCGCGGGGUCGCCCGGGGACAGAACACCUGAGGUGUGGCCAGCAGGAAACACCGAACGGCGUGUCUCGUGAGGCCGCGCGUGGGCUCCUUGGAGGUCCUGGCGAUGGGACCAGCGGCGUCCGAGGCACGAAGGAAAGCGGACGGAGGUGUGGCCAGGACUUUCCGGCAGGUGGGGCGUAGAAGGGACUAGAGACCAGGGCUGGGAAGGAAACCACCAGGUGGCUGACUCCCUCUUCCUGACCCGGGCGCCCGGCAGGGAUCUCAGGCGGUGAGCCCUUCCCAGCGCGCUUCGGGGGACAGCACGUCCUAACCACGCGAGACCAGCCCCCGGCGUCUGCAUGGUUGAUGUGGCCCCCGUGGGACUGGGGCUCUGCACUGAAUGGUCCCCAGAGGAGAUCCUGGAGCAGGGCCGGUCAGAUGGGAGUUCCCACACUUCCAUCCCGGUCUGACCUUGCAGUCCGCAUGGAGCCACCUGCUGGUGCCAGUAGGGACGAUCCACAGGCCCCCCCCUCCUCCGCCCCGGGGCGGAAGCAGCAGGCCUGAGGCUGCUGUUGCUGAGAAUGGGGGCCGUUCUGCCCGCCUCUGUAUUGACUGAUUCUUUCAAAAGAAGGGAAAAACCACUGUCAAAGCCACGAGGAAGGAGCAGGCGUCGUGCUAAGGAUACAAUGGUGACCAAAACAGACCCGCGGUCUCUGCCCUCGAGGGAAUACGGGAUGGUGAACUGGCGCGUGACCCGGCCCGCUGUCCCCGACCGUCACGGUUUGCGCGUCUUGCUCCUCUGCUUGGGACCCUCGCCCCGUCCUGCAGCCGUAGAGCUUCUGCGCAGCCACUCAGUGCGACCGUUAUCCCGUGUGAAACGUUUCUGGGACUUUUCCAAACCCCCACUUGCAGAAUGAGGAACUCCUUCCUCUACAUUCCAGACUAUCCCGUGUGUCCCGUAUAAAGAUGACCUAACUGCGGAGACAGGUCGUGUGUGUCUUCUUACAGACUAGACUUGAAGGGCUCUGAGCUCCUGGGAGGGUAGGAACUUUUUCUUUUUUCUUCUGUCCUCAGAGCCUGGUACAGCAAUCCACGCAUAUAGGUUUUACUAGGAUACGUUACAUUAGGUUAUGUGAAGAAGGCCACUUUAAAAGCCCCUGUCACUGCUAGCAUGGAGCCCAUUCUGUCACAGGAACACGCCCCCCAGGGCAGCGUGGAAAACACGGAGAUCAGACGUGGGGGAGAGGUUCAGUCCCGGCUGUCAACAGCAAGGAGACUGAAGCCUGAGCUUUCACUUAGGACCUCCAGAGGCGUCAACUCUCCCACUGGGUCACUGGGUCCUAGGUCAACACCACCAAGAGCAGUGUACAGAGGGACUGUGUGCUUUCUGUCCAAGUGAAUGAGACUAAAUCCCCUCUAUGCUGACUCCAUUUUGAAAUCAAACUAAUGAGAUGAUGUAUAUGAUCUGUAAUCUGAACUACACAAGUUUUAGCUAUUAUUAUUAUUAUAUAGUACGUGUUCCAUACACAUUUGCAAAAUAAAUGAACCAAAAUAAGGUUUGGAUUGACCUUCAUGUAUCAACCACUAAGGAAUCCAAGCACGGUGGAAGAAUUUCUGGUCAGUACUAACGAAUGUUAGUACAAAAGAGAUUAUAAUCUUUAUAUUGUGAUACACUUUCACGAGGGAGCGAAACACGAAGUCGCUAUCUGCCUCGGUAGACUGCCGUGAGUGGGAAUCCUGGACACGGCUGACUAUAUUCAACAAACCUAUUCCUGUCCCACUGGAAGCACGAGGAAGGAGUGUCCGCCUGUUUCAAAGCGCACCGGUUCUUACCCACAUUCCUUUCGCUCGUCACACUAUGCGUGAAGAUGGGGCAACGGAGGGUCAACAGGAAUUGUCACAGUCUUUAACUCGGGGAGUUUACGGUAGACAACAGACUUCUGCAGAGUCCAGAGCAGGCCGCAGAGUCAAGCGAGGGCCAAGAGUGUCUAGCAUAGGCCAGCGGAUGACUGACCGUGGCUCCCGGGAUGGGAAGAGGGCAGAACGGUGGUUCUUUUUUCAAGUCCAUCACAGUCACUGCAGAGUCCUCUCUCAGAACAUAAGCCCAAUUUCUAAGAAUAAAGGAAACCUUCUGUUCGUGACGUCCCACCUCUCCGAGGCAGGGAAACUGCACCGCGGCUCAAUGUUUACACCGACCUCUGGUUGGCAGUUACAGACCGGGGAGGCCUGACAAACCCUGUUCCUUGAAAUGAAAACUGAAAAUAAGAAUCGCUUCUAAAUCCACUGUUUUUAAAUGCAGACAAUACUGUGACAGGAAAAGGCAGGAUAAAACGGCGGAGAGGGACAGGUUAGGUAGGACCUGGAGGCUCUGGGCGGGGAGGACCGAGUAUUUCGGAACAGCGCUGGGAGUGUCUGACUACAGCCAACCCCCACAGGCACAAACAAGGUCCCUCUUAGGAAUGUAACAAACGCCAUCCGCUCCCCCUCAGGGCCCCCUCAGGAAUUUGACAAUCAAAAUACCUAACUAGAAAAGCAAACCAUAAAACGUGUGUUACAGGAGGGACAGUAUGACUCCUCGUACAAUGGAACCGAGUCAACCAGGAACGGACGACCCAGCACGUAGAGCUGUCCAGCCAGUAAGGGUAGGACCUGAGAAGGAACAAGGGGGCGGGGAAGGGAGAGGCGACCAGAAUCUUCCAGACAAAGGCCCUUGCCUACAGUCCUGGGCAUUCGCUUUCAAAUGUGCCCUGUCAAGAGAGCUUCCCUGCUCUUCUCCCUUCCUGCCCUUACACUCCGUAAACUUGGGCCUGCUGCUCCUUUUGUGUCGCCUCUAAGUUCUUCGAAGCGGCGAGACAAGGAACCCUGGGUACUGAGGUGAGAAAUCCUGCAACGGUACCAAACUGUUUUUGUAAAUAAGGUUUACGUUUGUGGGAAGCCUUUUUUAUUCUUGUUAGGAAUAUUUCCUCAGGAAAUUAUUUUUGGUCGGGGAAAUCUGAAGAGAGAGAGAGGAAAACGAUUCCCCGAAGGAAACCUGUGUUCCACAAAAAUACUGUGCAGUUCUCCAGACCAUCCUUCACAAAAUUAUUUAUUUUUCUAAGAAAAAGAAUAAAUAUGUGACUUAUUGUUAGAGAGGUGACACUAGAAAUUCAUUCAUUUAUUCAACACACAUUUGAUGAACAACGAAUACGUGCCAGGCGCCGUUCUAGGAGUUAAAUAUCCAGCUAUGAACAAGACAAACUAGGUCUCUGCUCUCAAUGAGACCACUUCCUAAAGGGGAAAAAUCGAAAACAAGACAACCAACAUUUUCCCCCUUUAAUUUGUAAGAAGGCAGCAGAUACAGUAACGAAAAGUUGGGCUAAGUACUUGAGGAAAAUAGGCAAUGAACAGAGUGGGUGACUGAGAGGCAGGGCACGAGCGAGAAGGCACAUGAAGCAGCGUCACGUUGGGUGAAGUGUCUACCGAGACUUGUCUAAGGAGGUGACGCUGGAGCUGAGGGCUCAACUAUAUGUUCAGUUCAGGGCCAAAGUCCUUCAGGCAAAGGAAACAGUCAGUGAAAAGGUCCUAAAUGUGCUAAUAAGCUUGAUCGGUCUGAGGAAAAAAGAGGCCGGCCGGCACGCUGAAACGCAGUGCGCUACGGGAUAACUGGAAUGACUGGAAGUCAGAGGCUGGCAAGGUUUAGAUCAUGUAGGACCUGGCAGACCAGGUCUUUUUUUUUAAUAAAAAUUUUUAAAAAUCUUUAUUUUUGAGAGAGCGAGUGAGCGCGAGAGAGAGCGCAAGUG